UUCUUUGUAAUGCAAUAGUUUUCUGCCAUGUUCUUCCCUAUAAAUUAAUACCAUUCCCCACUACAGUACUCAUGCAACCAAGUUUGGAAACUUCUCUUCAACCUUAUUUUUUGUACUUUGAAGUGAUACUGAAAGAAGCAACCAUAAUGGUCAAUUCCAUGAGCUUUCUCCUGCUUCUUUCUUUACUAGCCUUUGCUCCCUUGUGCCUCUGUAACCUCAACCCUCAGUUUUAUGACAAUUCAUGCCCUCAAGCUCAGCAAAUUGCCAAGUCCAUUCUUACCUCGUAUUUUGUAAUUCAACCCGGAUAUGCGGCUCAAAUUCUCAGGCUUCAUUUCCAUGAUUGUUUUGUCAUGGGAUGUGAUGGUUCAUUGUUGUUAGAUAGCAGUGAAAGCAUCGUCAGUGAGAAGGAAUCAGAUCCCAACCGUGAUUCAGCUAGAGGAUUUAUAGUCAUUGAUGCAAUUAAACUGGCGAUAGAGAGAGCAUGCCCUUCUACAGUGUCUUGUGCUGACAUCUUGACUAUAGCUGCAAGAGAUUCAGUUGUUCUUACUGGUGGACCAAGCUGGGAAGUACCCUUAGGCAGAAGGGACUCUCGAGAUGCAAGCAUAAGUGGCUCCAACAACAACAUUCCAGCCCCAAAUAGCAUAUUUCCGACCCUCCAAACAAAAUUCGAGCAACAGGGGCUUAACCUUACUGAUCUAGUUACUCUAUCGGGGGCCCAUACUCUAGGAGUCGCCAGGUGCACCAACUUCAGGCAAAGACUCUACAACCAAAGUGGAAAUGGCCAGCCAGAUCCCACUCUUGACCAAAACUAUGCUGCUUUUUUGCGUGUUACGUGUCCAAGGACGACUUUGGGUGACCAGAAUCCGUUCUUCCUAGACUACGCCACACCACUUAAAUUUGACAACAGCUACUUCAAGAACCUGAUGGAAAACAAGGGUCUCUUAAAUUCUGAUCAAAUUCUCUUCACAAUGAACCAAGAAUCAGCUGAGUUAGUGAGGUUGUAUGCUGAAAGAAACGACCUUUUCUUUGAACAAUUCUCCAAGUCCAUGAUCAAGAUGGGAAACAUUUCUCCUUUGACGAAUUCAAGUGGAGAGAUCAGACAGAACUGCCGGAGGGUUAACGCUUGAACAAGCAACAUCGAUCAUUCGCAUAUAUAAUUAAUAUAUUGUACAAUAAAUGAUGUGAUCACAUCAUAGAAUAAACAAUCUAUGUUUCUUAUGUUUACCCUCAAGCCAUUGCCACUGCAUGCAUUGAAGGAGUUUAGGCUUUUGAUAGCACUUUUUUUCUAGCGUGUUUCAGGAGGUUUUGUCUAUUUUCUUAUAUUCAUAACGUCUCAUGCAUAAUAAAUGCAGUAU